ACAAUGGUGUGCCACCCCUCCUCCCACUUCCACUGGCGGAGUAUGUCAGGGUGUGGAAAGGUGCUUUCGGUCGUUGUCAUCACCUGACUGACAUGACUGUCUGAGACUCCGACGUCUUGGCGUGCCGGACCAUGCCACCUUCUUACUCUUCAAACUGGGUUUACUGAAACCAGCACCUUUUUGCUGUCUCGCUCUGUCUGGUUGCACGUUUAGGGUUUAAACCAUGGUUUGCGCCAUAUCAAAGUUGUUUUCAGGUGCUGUUACUUAGACCGACACGAAGCAGCCAUUUUCACAUUGUCACACAGCAGCAGUGAGUCACAUAGAAGGGUUUGAAACUGAAGCCAGGGGUGUUGUAAAGUGUAGUUAUGUCAGAUGAACACAAGUGCUGGAGUUUGCGGUUGCUUCAGGGUUUCUUGACUAAGCAGUACAGGUGGGAGCUCAUGGUUUUAGCAGGUGGGGCAUUAAGGAACUGAAAAGACUAUUCACCUGUAGAAAUCAUUCAUUCACUUAACAGGGACAGGUGUUUUCACGGCAAAAUUGACUUAAAGCCCCCUCAUUACUUAAAGCCCCCUUGGCAUAUAUUUUUGGAAAAUUUGGAAAAAGUGUCCGAGUACUCUUGUACGCCUCUUCCCAUACUUAAGACGACCCGUUUCCUUUCCAGUGUAACUACUGUACUGUACUGUUAUUUCAUUGUGUUACAUUCACAGUACAGAACGUGAUAUUUGUGUGACGAACUGCCUUUUGUCUUAUCUGUAAUUGACCGACCAUGUUGUUCGUCCUCCCGCUUUUACUGUCGCAGUUUGUGUGUAAACGCGACCCGAAUCCGAAUGCGCGCGGCUUGUUCCGGAGCCAAAGCGCACGAGCCCACAUGGUCACAUCGCGCAUCGUCCAAUCACCAAACGGAGCGCGGCUGUCUUCCCGCCUCCGCCUCCCGAAGCCCCUCCCCCAUUGCCGAGGUCCUUCGCUCGGCCCCGCGGGAGUAAAACGAGGAGAAGUGAAAUGCGGGCGUUCAUAGCGCGCUCACGUGCUGCCGUUUACCAUGGUUGGAGACCACUGCACCUUCGGAGGAGACAGCGCCGUUCAACUUCCCAAAAGACCCACCAAGAGCGGAUUCAGCUGUAAAAUGGUCCUGCAGGCUGUCGGGAAAGUGUUGAGGAAGUCAAAGACGAAGCCCAAUGGAAAGAAGCCACCCACCGAGGAGAAAAAGCAUUACCUGGAAGCAGAGUACACCAAAGUGCGGGUCGUGGACUUUGACCUGAAGGAGCUGGUGGUCCUGCCGCGUGAGAUCGACCUCAACGAAUGGCUCGCCAGCAGCACGACGACCUUCUUCAACCUCAUCAACCUGCAGUACAGCACAAUCUCAGAGUUCUGCACUGGGGAGACCUGCCAAGCCAUGACGGCAUACAACACGAUAUACUACUGGUAUGAUGAAAAGGGGAAGAAGACGAAAUGCACGGCUCCCCAGUAUGUAGACUUUGUCAUGAGUUUGGUGCAGAAACUGGUUACAGACGAAGACAUUUUCCCCACAAAAUACGGCAAAGAAUUCCCAAACUCGUUCGAGUCGCUUGUGAAGAAGAUCUGCAGGUACCUGUUCCACGUGCUGGCGCACAUCUACUGGGCGCACUUUAAGGAGACUGUGGCGCUGGACCUGCAAGGCCAUUUGAACACUCUCUACGCACAUUUCAUCGUAUUCAUAAGGGAAUUCAACCUGGUGGACCCCAAGGAGACGUCCAUCAUGGAUGACCUCUCCGAAAUCCUCUGCACACCCUCACCUACCGCACAGAACCAUGUGACGGAGAGAUGAGACCGCACUGAAGGGACGGGGGGGGGGGGGGACAACCCCAGAAAGGAGAGGACAGAGCCAGCUAGUGUGUCGGCAGGACCUACAGACAUUCUGUACCCUGAAUCUCGCCACCAUUAGGACCCCACCAGCAAGGGUCUGCUUAGCUGGCAGGCAGAGCUGUGGGCAGCCCCCAAGGGGCGGAGCUGGCCUGCUCGACCUGGCCUUUUCAUCACUAGGAAUAAAAUGUCUUGGUUUAUUUCUUUUUCUGUUAUUGUUUUCGUGGGUCUCUGUUCACUUUCUCUUCCUUUUUCUAACACCAGGUGGCGCUCCUAACAUACCGUUGUAUGACAUUAUUAUAAGAAAUUCUGCAGUGGCACUCUGAUCACGGUGACUUUUGCCACCCUCUCAGCUGUGGAUGUGUGGGGGAGGGGAGCAGUGGGUGAAAUGGUGACUUGUCCAGUCCUUUUUGCGCGUCUCCUGCCCUGGAGAGAUGUUUGCGUUUUUUGGCUCUUUGGAUUUCGUUUUAAAUGGGUUUCGAUCUGGAAUAAUUGGAGUACUUCCCAUGCAGGACCUUGGGAGGGUGGAUUUGCAGCUCUGAAUCAGAGCCGAGCUUUCUGUGCUAGUGCUGCGUCGUAUCAGCAUCGUCGUCACCGUCCUGAUGACAUGUUUUACCCUCAUUUUACCAGAAACUGUUCUCUGGGUUUACAGGAGGGACUUGCAGAGCUAGUGAAGGUAGGUUAGGGUGAGGUUUGAAAAGAAACAGGGUUAAGAUCUCUUCUCUCCCUGGGGGAGAGAGGGGGACUGCAACAGAAUGAGUUAAUUGUCCAGAGCAGUGUUUCCCAACUGCGUCCUCAGGGACUCCACGGUCAAAGUUUUUGCUCCCUGCCAGACAGUCCACAUUCUUGCUCCCUCCCAGCUCCUGGAGCAAAAUCGUGGACUGUCUGGGGGUCCCCUAGGACCUGCUGGGAAACACUGAACAUUGAGGAGGAGCAUCGAAGGUCCAUGUGCCCCAGACUAGACACUUUGAAGAAACAGGCAAGGAGAAUGUCUACAAGUACCAGGUAGUUCAAGUGAUCGGGAGGUCUUAAGGCACCUACCCCUCCCUCCACCCCCUUCCCCACACCCAAACACAUGCCAGUCUGCUUGGAAAAAGCAUAACCGUGUGGCUUAUGGAGGAGAUGGGCAGAACAUAACCACAAACCUCUGCUGUUUAAGGCAUAAAGAUGUGCCGAUUUGUUUUAUUUUCUGCAAAGAUGUCACUGUAUAGGGUUGUAGAGAACAAAACUUUAAUGGAAGCAAUGGAGGCACGUGUAGUAAAUGCACACAACUGGCUAACAUUUUGAGACUGGCUAACCCCAUCAGGUGAAUGAAUGAGUGUGAAGUAAACAGUGUCACUGAAAGUACAAAUGGAUAAUGGUUUCUGUUGGGCUGCCCUCUGCCGGUGAGGUUUAGUCAUUUUAUUUAUUUUUUUUCUUGGAUGUUUUCAGGGUUCUUCAGUUCUUGCUUUCAUUUUAUGUAUUUUAAUUAUAUAAAUUAAAAGCAAUUUAAUAUUUUAUGCUUUGUGAAUUAUAACCUAAUAAAAGAUGGAAAUGCCA